CGAUUCUUGUAUUGUUUCUUUGCAAAUAUAUAUACAUGUGUGUGCGAUUGUAUUGUUCUGUAUCUCUGUCGAUUUGCUACUUUGAUUUGCUCUGUAUCUCUGUGGAUUUGCUCUAUGUAUAUCCGGUUGUUCUUUUUGCUCUGUAGUUGUUUUUUAUUUUGUGAUUAUAAUUAAGUAAUUUGUGAUGCGCUCUGUAUCACUGGUUGUAUGCAACGAUGAUGAUGAACAUUAUUUAUAGCAUUAGCAGGGGCAAAGGUUCAUCAAGUAACACGUAAAACUGAAAGUGUGUAGUGUUUUAAUGAAGGGAUAACCGGAAAAUCUUUCUUCUUUCACCUAUUAUAUAAAAGUAUUAUCGACUCAUCCGAGAUCAUUCUAGUGCCUUGUCCACUAAUCCGAGACAUAAUAUCACAUUUGGCCUACGGUUAGGAUUGAAUACUCUAUUGCAUAAGUGCGUUGUAAAUUCUAUUAUUAUCUUCUGAAGCUUGCAGUAGAAACACCUUGUGUUUUAAAUUUGGAAAUGUAAAUUGACUGUGCUAGAAAUUGUAACAGAGGAAACUAAAUUCAUUGUACUUGGGACAACAUAUUCGGGCUUGAUUAUAGGAGUGUUUGAAUCAGUUAUGAUACAAAUUGUUGCAAUUCAAACGAUCCAGUGAGGCUUAUUUAUGCAUUAGCGUUCCUGCGCGUUUAAUGCUAGAUUUACAGUCAACGGGAAACUGUCCACAGUACAAAAUCUAUAAGGAUAAUAAUAGCGAAACAAGACAAUGAAGACUUAUAGGGAUAAGAAUCCAUGUGUUGGUGAGGGAUUGGCUACUUGGGUUAAGCAAAACCGUUCCCUCGAAGAAACUGAUGUAGUUCUUUCGUAUGUAUAAUUAUAUUUUGUUCCUCUGAAAUGGUUAUAUAGGUGUUCUUAACCUUCUGAAUAAUUAUUUGAAAUCGAGUGGUUGAGAAGGUUAAAUCUAAACAAUAUUAUUAAGUUAGCAUAUUAUAUUGCAACGCUUUCAAAAAAAAUUCAUCUAACCUUCAGCCAUCCAUUCACAACCCCAACUGGUCGAGGAAAAGGGUGGGAUUUGCUAACAGAUCUUGCUUAAGAGGACUAAUGCUACAAGAGGACUAGUGCUGGUUGGUCUUCUGCCAAACUAUACUUCUUUAGGAGUGUCGCUCUGUCAGCAUAUGGAUCCUGAAGCUUCUCGUACUGCUAGGGAGUCUCUUGACCUGGCAUUCGGCAUGUCUAACAUUCUUGAUACAGGUCUAGAUCGUCACACACUAUCUGUUCUCAUUGCCCUCUGUGAUCUGGGUAUAAACCCUGAGGCACUGGCCACUGUUGUAAAGGAAUUGCAAAAAGAACCUUCUUCCUUUGGUGGAAGAACUCCAUCAGUUAAUUAGACUACUAAAUAUAUUGAUUAUCUUCAAAAAUUUAUCUGAGCAACUCUCAGUGAAAGCACUGGUAGUUCUAUAUCUCUUUCAAGUAAACAUGUGAAUAUGUUUGAUUGUUUGAGCUCAAGUAUUUGCAACUUUUUUUGUGUGUAUUUAGUUGCCAGUGGAACAUGAUUUGGUCCGGUAGAAUGUAGUGUUGCAAGUGGCGUUUUGACUUAAUACCAAUGCCAUCUUGCUAUCUAAUAGCUCAACAUGCCUUUUUUCAUUGUUCUAUUCAAUUCUAUACGUUUUUUUCUA